CUGGGCUGCAGAGCCAUGGCCCGGGGCCCGGGGGCCGCCGUCGGCCUGGUGCUGCUGGGGCUGGGGCUGGCCCUGGCCAUCAUCGUGCCCGCCGCCGUGGUCCUCUCCCGCCACCACGCCCCCUGCGGCCCCCAGGCCUUUGCCCACGCCGCGGUCGCCGCCGACUCCAAGGUGUGCUCAGACAUUGGACGAGCCAUCCUGCAGCAGCAGGGCUCGCCCGUGGACGCCGCCAUCGCCGCUCUGGUCUGCACCGGCGCCGUCAACCCCCAGAGCAUGGGCCUGGGCGGCGGCGUCAUCCUCACCGUCUACAACGCCAGCACAGGGCAGGUGGAGGUCAUCAAUGCCAGGGAGACGGUGCCCGCCCGCCAUGCCCCGGGGCUGCUGGACCAGUGCGAGCAGGCGCAACCUCUGGGCACAGGCGCCCAGUGGGUCGGGGUGCCCGGGGAGCUCCGGGGCUACGCCGAGGCCCACCGCCGCCACGGCCGCCUGCCCUGGGCGCAGCUGUUCCAGCCCACCAUCGCGCUGCUCCGCGGGGGCCACCGCAUGCCCCCCGUCCUCAGCCAGUUCCUCCACCACCGCUUGCUGCGCCCCUUCCUGAACGCCUCCUCCCUGAGGCAGCUCUUCUUCAACGGGACGGAGCCCCUGGGGCCUCAGGACCCGUUCCCCUGGCCCGCGCUGGCGGCCACGCUGGAGACGGUGGCCAGGGAGGGCGCCGAGGCCUUCUACUCGGGGCAGCUGGGCCGGACGCUGCUGGAGGACAUCGCCGAGGAAGGCAGCCAGCUGACCAUGCAGGACCUGGCCUCCUUCCAGCCCGAGGUGGUGGCCGCCCUGGCCAUGCCCCUGGGGGACUACACCCUGUACUCCCCGCCGCCGCCGGCAGGGGGCGCAAUUCUCAGCCUCAUCCUCAACGUGCUCAAAGGGUUCAACUUCUCUGCGGAGUCGGUGGCCAGCCCCGAGGGGAACGUGACCUUGUACCAUCACCUGGUGGAAACGUUCAAGUUUGCCGGGGGGCUGCGGUGGCGGCUGUGGGACCCUCGGAGCCACCCGGAGGUCCAGAACGCCUCCCUGGACCUGCUGGGGGAGGCUCUGGCCCAGCACAUCCGCCAGCAGAUCGACGCCCGCGGGGACCACCCACGCAGCCACUACCGCCUGGCCGGGGCCUGGGGCCACAGGAUGGGCACAGCCCACGUGUCCGUGCUGGGGGCCGACGGCAGUGCCGUGGCUGCCACCAGCACCAUCAACACGCCCUUCGGGGCGAUGGUGUACUCGCCUCGCACGGGCAUCCUCCUCAACAAUGAGCUACUGGACCUGUGCUGGAGGCGCAGGCCCGGCGCCCAGGGAACCCCUCCGCCCGUCCCAGGGGAGCGGCCCCCCUCGUCCAUGGUCCCCUCCAUCUUGGUCAACGCGGCCCAGGGGUCCAAGCUGGUGAUCGGCGGGGCCGGAGGGGAGCUUAUCAUCUCCGCGGUGGUCCAGGUCAUCGUGAACAAGCUGUGGCUGGGCUUGGACCUGGGCGCGGCCAUCGCGGCCCCCAUCCUGCACGUGAACGACAAGGGUCAGGUGGAGUUCGAGCCCCACUUCCCGCAGGAAGUGCGGCAGGGGCUGGAGCGCCGGGGUCAGCAGCCGGCGAGGAGGCAGUUUUUCCUGAACGUGGUGCAGGCCGUGUUCCAGGACGGGGCCUGCGUGGAGGCCGCCGCGGACCCCAGGAAGCACGGGGAGGCGGCAGGCUACUGAGGAGGCCGCUCCGAGAGCCGGGAUCUGCCCGACCUUGACCUGUGGCCCCGGCGGGUCCCGGUCCACCUGGGGGUGAAAGAGGGGGGGCAGCCUGGCGGAGGGGCCUGCGCCCGCCCCCUGAGCUGCCGGUGGCCCUGCGUGUCCCUCCAGCUUCUCCAGCCUCUCCCCCAGGACUGCGGCCCCCCCUCCCCCCUCCCCAUCAGCACAUCCCCCAGUUCAAGGUGAAAGAGGAGGCGGCCGAAGCAUUCAGCGUUGCGGGGAGGGAGGGGACCCUCAGGAAGCAGACGCACGGGCUCCCACAGUCCUUUGCAAUGCACCAGCACAGACGUGGGGAAACUGAGACCCAGCGGCAGUUGGGCCCGUCCAGGCCACCCCUGGGCAGAAGCAGUACCUCCCCCGCAACACGCUUGCUGGAGCUCUGACGUGGGGCCGCCUGGGCCACCUGUCCUGGGAAAGGAAGGCAGGGCUGCGGCCCGGGCCCUGGCCAAGUCCUGUCUCUGCAUCUUGUCUUCGGGGCCAGGAAAGCGUGGGACGCAGUGAGACCUGAGACCCCGGCCCGGCCCGGCCCCAGCAGCCCAUGCUCUCACCCCUGGCACCUCUGACGCUUGGGGUGACGCAACCCCUGGCCUCACCCACUAAAUGCAGCAGCGCCCCUCCCCCCAACAACCAGCCACCACAUCGCCCCCAGUUGAGAACUGCUGAUCUGGACCCAGGAGCCCCAACCACCGUGAAUGGCUUUGCCAGCUGCUGGCAGGGCCGCCCUGGCUGGGGGGCCUCUCUGGACAGGCCUGGGGGUCCCGCCCCCCACUGGUUCCUGAGAGCAUCGGGGUCCCCCUCGCCCUGGCAGGGCCCAGGAGCAGCUGGCGGGGCCCCACUGAGUCCCGGCCUCCCACUCCGCCUGGCGUUGGGCCAAGCAGGAUGCACUUCCGGUGCCCAGAGACCGAACACCCCCAUGCUGCCCCCCACAACGGGAACGAGUUCCCAGGCUGGGGCUGCGGUCAGCACCACUGGGCAGAGAGCAGGAUGCGGGCAGGCCACGCUCUCCAGGGACCAGGAUGUGCAUAUUUGUGGACUGUUCUUUUUUAAAUUUUCUAUAUUUUACUAGAG